CAUCACACUAUCAAUACUUGAAAAUUCAAUUUUGUCAAUGACAAGACUCAGCUGUUUAGUUAAUUUUAAUAAAUAAUGGAAAAUAAUGAGGAAACUGAAAAUGUAAAAGAAGUGAAAGUGAUAAUUAUUGGAGCUGGUAUAGCUGGUCUAUCAGCGGCAAAUCAUUUAGUAAAGAAUGGUUUUACAGACUUUUUAAUUUUGGAAGGAAGAAAUCGAAUAGGUGGUCGAAUUUGUGGAAUACCAAUUGGUAGCCAAAAAGUUGAAUUAGGUGCAAAUUGGAUACAUGGUGUAUUAGGAAAUCCAAUAUUUGAAUUCGCUAUGUCCCAUGGAUUAAUAGAUAUAGUAAAUAUACCAAAACCUCAUAAAAUUGUAGCAGCUACGGAAAAGGGAACUCAAGCAUCCUUUUCAAUAUUACAAGAAAUUUAUGAAGCAUACAUAUGUUUUUUAAGACGUUGUGAAGAGUAUUUUUUAUGUCAGUAUUUACCACCAGAAGGUAUACAUAGUGUCGGUGAUCAUAUCGCUUUAGAAGUAGAACUAUAUUUAAAUAAAAUUGAUAAUUCAAAUGAUAGACAUAUUCGAAGAUUAAUAUUUGAGUGUUUAUUAAAAAGAGAAACGUGUAUUACUGGUUGUGAUUCAAUGACAGAAAUAGACUUGUUAGAAUUAGGUAGUUAUACGGAAUUACAAGGUGGAAAUAUAGUACUACCAUCCGGUUAUAGCUCAAUAUUAGAUCCAAUGGCAAAACAUAUACCUGCGGAUAAAAUUUUAAAACGAUAUCCUGUUUCCAAUAUUAAGUGGGCUAGUGCAGGAGAUUCUGGAUUUUCAGAUGAUACAGGUGAAGACUCGGAUGAUUCCGAUAAAACAGUUAUUGAAGAAGGCAUUCUAGUUAGUUCAAGUGAUAAACGUGAAGGUAAGAUUAUAUGUUUUAUCCAGUCAAAUUAUAGUAGCAAAUCAAAGAAUGGAUUUUCCAAGGUAGAAAUAACAUGCGAAAAUGGUAAAAAAUUCCAGUGUGAUCAUGUAAUAUGCACAAUACCAUUAGGUGUACUUAAAGACAAAGUAGAUACAUUAUUUACUCCAUCUUUACCAACGUAUAAAGUAGAAGCAAUCGAAAGACUAUUAUUUGGAACUGUUGAUAAAAUAUUUUUAGAAUAUGAUAGACCAUUUUUAAGUGCAAAUAUAUCAGAAGUAAUGCUUUUAUGGGAACCGGACGAUGAUGAAACGACAGAUAUAUCAAAUAAUUGGUAUAAGAAAAUUUAUUCAUUUUCGAAAAUAUCUGAAACAUUAUUAUUAGGAUGGAUUUCUGGCAAAGAAGCUAUUUAUAUGGAGAGUUUGCCAUAUGAUGUUAUUGCUGAUAAAUGUACAGAAAUAUUACGUAAAUUUUUAAAUGAUCCGUUAAUUCCGAAACCAAAUAAAUGUGUAUGCACAACGUGGUAUAGUCAACCAUUUACAAGAGGCUCUUACACGGCAAUGGCUGUUGGAGCUAGUCAGUUAGAUAUCGAACAAUUAGCACAACCGUUGUAUUCAAGUAUACAUCAACAAAAGCCUUCAGUUUUGUUUGCUGGCGAACAUACUCAUAGUAAUUUCUAUUCAACCGUACAUGGAGCAUACCUGACCGGUCGUACCGCAGCACAAAUAGUUUUAACACCAGAGUUACCAAAUGAAGUAGUCCUAGAUUGUGAAGACACCAGUGAUUUAAGUUCAUGGAUUCAAGGCAUAUCUCUUGACAAUUAAGGUUCUGUUGAAAAUUUAAAUACAUAAGAAGCCUAAUUAUAUCGGUAAGAACUAUCAGACCUUUUUAUCUGUCAAAUAUUGAACGAAUGAAUAAAAUACUCGAUACUUCUGAAUUGGUCAGAGAGAUAAAUUAUGGAUAAUACAUCGAUACUUUGAUUAAAUAUUUAAAAUUAAAAUUGACUCGCAAAUCUUUGAAAUUUGUAAAUCUUGGCUAUUUUUCAAAAUGAGCAUUUUUACUGUGAUGUAACCCCCAAUUUAAUUGUAAAUAUUUUGAAAAAUAAAAUAUUUUAAUUAAGUCUUUCUAUUUUUUAAAAUUGUUACGAGAAAAUAUACUUAUUACAUUACUGGUGUAUGAUUAGUAUAACAGAAAGGAAAUGAUAAUCCCGUACUUAAUUUUUUUAUAACAUUAAAAUUAUCCUUUCUUUAAAAAACAUCACAAAACCUUACGAAUCUUAACGAUGAUAGAUAUAAAAAGGGGAGGUCAUGUAUGUAAAAUAGAAGCAAACAGAUUCACCAGAAAAUUUAAUAAAUAUUCCAUAAUCAUUAUAAAUAAAAAAGCCAUAUAUUUUCAAACAAAUAGCCAUAUUUUAUCCGAAAAUAAAAUUCCUAACAUGU